CCCAGAUGUGGGAGAGUAAUGCAGUGGCUUAAGUAACCCAGAAGCCGUCGCCUCUGGUAGAUGUGUUGGUGUUUUCUCCUUAUCAGUAACAGAAAGGAGAUCUAACUCUGUCAUGUGAUGAGCCCCGACUUCAGGGACCCCAGGUUUCUCACUGGGCUCUCACUGGGGUGUUUUUUUGUCCCCAGACCUUGGGUGACAUCUCCCUGCCUGGAAUGCUCCCACCUCAGUCAGUCUCCUGUCUCCACAGGGUGCUGAGAGUGAGGUAAUAAGGAUGUGGCUCUUUUUCUGCUGUCUUUCAUUUCCCUCAUUCCUGCAGGUCUGUGCUGGUGUGAGAGCAGGUGGCAACCCCCCUCCCUGCCCCCUGAGGAGUGCACAUAGGGCAGAUGGAGGUGAACCCUGUUGCCUGGAGUGGUGGGGCAGGUCUUUAAGAGAUUUGGGCUGGGCAUGGUGGCACACGCCUUUAAUUCUAGCACUCAGGAGGCAGAAGCAGGUGGAUAGAUCUGUGAGUUCAAGGCCAGUCUGGUCUACAGAGUGAGUUCUGGAACAGCUAAGGCUGUUGUAGCACAGAGAAACCCUGUCUUGACAAAAACAAAAACAAACAAGAAAAGGAAGGAAGGAAGGAAGGAAGGAAGGAAGGAAGGAAGGAAGGAAGGAAGGAAGGAAAGAAAGAAAGAAAAGUAGAUUUGGGCCUGGGGAAUGGCCCAGUGGGUAGGGUAAGGUACUUGCCGUACAAGUGUAAGGAUGGAGUUUGGACCUCUGCACUCACAUAAAUUUGAGAGGGACUGGAGCGUACCUGUAAUUCCAGUGUGCAGGAGGUGGAGACAGGACCUCAAGCAAGCUGGAUGACCAGACUAGCCAAAUUGAUGAGCUCUGGGAUCUGUUGAGAGACCCUACCUGUGCACAUACAAGGCAGAGAGACCUCGGAGAAGUCACCUAGAGUCAAACUCUGGCCUCCUUCUGCACCAUACCUCCACCAUACCUCCCACUGCUUGUCUGGUGUGCUUUUCUCCCACCUGGCUGCAUCCACUCUCUGGUCCUUCCUGCUGGAGGAAGGCAAAGGUGUUCCCAUCAGAUAGGGCUGGCUGCGUUAGGGAAGAGAAGUGUCUUUUAGACCAGGACAGGUGCAGAGGCCUGCAGGUAGAGGAGCCAGACAUGUGUAGACAUACUUGGAGUGGAUAGCUUGGGGCAUAAGGGGGUAGGUGAGGGGUCAGAGGGAGGCUUCCAGGUCUCUUAGAGCUCCAAGCAGAGGAUAAGAUAGUCUCAGGGUCAGGAGAGACCUUGCAGGUAGCUCUAAGCAGGGCAGGUUUCUCAGGAGGCAAAACAGAGUUAGACACAGGUAGUUAUCCCUAAUGGGACAGGAGGCUGUGGCUCUUCUGAUGACAGAAUCCCCUGGGAACUUUUUCCCCUUAGGGGAAAGUUGAGACCCCCAAAAUGCAAAGGCAUAAGGGAGCCAGUCUGCGAGGGAGUAGGCAGGCUCCCAGGCUCCCCACUUUUACCAUCUUGUAGAUUUCUGCUGAUGUGUGUAGACACCAGGGAGUCGGACCUUUCGGUGUGAACCUAGCUCUCAGCUCCGUUUUCCUGUGCCUACGUAGUGCUACAGGUAACAGAGCCAUGGAGCUGAGAAGAAAGGGAUGUAGCUGUUUAUACUCCCCCAGCAUCAGGCCCAGAAAGUGUCCCAUUCCCUGUGUUGAAGUGACCCAGGUUCACAGGAGAACCUCUCUGUAUCUGCAGCCGGAGCAAGCAGUCCAGGCGAUUUGAGUGUGUGUGUGUGUGUGUGUGUGUGUGUGUGUGUGUGUGUGUGUGUGUACUAACAGAGCAGAUUUUUGACCUAGCUUCUUUCCAAAGCUAACAUGGCUUUCCACUCUGGCUUUCUGCUUUGUGAUUCUCCCUUUAAAGCCACACGAGACAGGGACACCCCCUGCAACAUGCACACCUGCACGGCCCCCUCUUAUGGAACACUGUUCUCUGAGUAUAACAGCUAUUAUCUUCAGACAGUAGCAGGGAUAACUUGCAAGAAACCCCUGAGGCAUGGCCCAUUGACUGUUGUCGUUCAUAUAUAGAAGGGAGUACAGAGACCACUGGACCCUAGUCUGAGUUUCCAGCCAUUCUUUCCUAUGCUCCCCAGCCAACCCUGAGUAUGACUUUGCUCUAAUUGCAUGUGGCCUUGGGGUCUGGGAAGGAGCUACAGGAUCUAGAGACUGGAGGGGUAACUGUAGGGGUGGGGUUCCACCUAUGCAGCUGUGGAGAAGUCACCAUCCAUGCUGAGUGGUGUUUGGGGGUCACCCAUGCUCUGUGAGUGAGUCCAAUAAACACGUUGGUUCAUCAAGUUGGACACUGGUGGCAUAGUACUUUGCUCUGUCCCUGGGACUAUAUCUGGGGAGCAGACCUUUGUUUGCGUCUUCCCUAGAAAAGUUCACUCAAACCCCAUCUUUAUCAUCCAUGGCUGUCUGUGAACCUGAUAUUCUGGGCCAGUGGCCCUUAGGGACACUGGGGUCUCAAGGGAAGAGAAUUAUGGAUUCUGAGAGGGGGUGGCUUCUGAUUUAGGCAGCUCAACCCUUGAGGGGGAUCAGCUAGCCUCUGCCAGCCACAGGGUCAACCCGCUCUUCCUGCCACAGACCCCUGGCUUCUCCCAGAGCCCUUUCCCAGCCGUGAGGGGAAUAGCAGGGUCCUCUCAGGAGGCCAAGACAGAACAUUUAUAGAAUCACAAAGCCGUACCACAUGGCACGUGGCUAGCCUGUCUGCAAGGUAAAGGGUUGAGAGGCACAUGAUUCAUUAGGGAUCCGUGGGUACUGCAUUCUGCAUUCUGGGUUCUUCAGGUUCCUGGCUUGCAAUUGGUCACUAUUUCACUACCUCCACCACCCCACUGCUCAUCCAGGGGGUGAAGAAACUGGAUGUCAGGAGUGGGCACGAGCCGGCUGUGGGGUACACAGGGGGUUUCAUUAUGUCACCAUCCUGAUGAUAGCCUCUGGUAGCCUGCACAUUGUGGAAGAUGUUCCCUUCAUGGGCACUCAUUGUCAUGGUCCCAGGCUGGUACCUCAAGGGGAAGUCAGAGACCACUACACUGAAGUUUCUCUCUGUUGUCUCUGAUGAGGAGGACUGAUGAGGAGGACUGAUGAGGAGGAAGGAUAUGGUAGCUAGGCCCAGCUCCCUGCUACCCUUCUGUGUGGAGGGACUUGAGCUGUGUUUUGGAAGGCCAGGGGAUGCGGUUAGCUGAGUUCGGUGGCAUCUCUGAGUCAGGCAUUAGUUUCUGUAGGUGUGCAUGUGGCAUGAUGACAGUUGUCACCUGGUCCAGCCUGAAGUAGGACCAUGGACAUAGGACCCUGUGAAGCCUGACGUGGCUUUGUACCUGUGCCCUCUGUGGGUGGAGGCGGGUGCCUCUCUGGCUUCAGGGUAUGUGUGCCCAGCCCUGCUUUUGGUCUUCCAUUUCAACUAACUGGCAGGCAGGAGUUUUUUAAGCCUCUGGAAUUGGGAGGUGAGGGUGUUCUCUUUCAUCCCGGGACCUUUCCCUCACGGUACCCCAGCCACCCCUUUGUGAAGUUCCCUUGCUUCACAGUUGACUCAGCUGCUGUCUGUCUGUCUGGUGGAAAAGCAGGAGCCUCCCUUCUCCACAUUUCUUGUGAACCUGUUCAUCCGGCCCAGCCAGGUCCUCACGCCUGCUUUCUUGAGACCUGCCCACCCCUGGGACUCAGGGCCAGACCUUUGAGCUCUGGGUCGUUGGCCCGGAGGACUGUGAAGUGGCUGUCCUGCGGGAGCUGUCACUGUCGCAUGAAGAGGGAAGGCCUCCACCAGGCGCCAGGUGUGGCCUUGGAGCGGUGGUGUGAUUGUGGAGGGAGACAUGCCAGGAGGCAAGGCCGUGGAUCCGCUGGACUUUCAUGCCUCAGAGCUUGGAUUUUCCCAGCGAGAGAUCGGUCUUAGCCCUGAGGCCUGUGGACAUGAGACAGUGCGGGAGCCUCCCCGUCAUGUCCAGGUGAGGCCGAGGAGUGCCGUGCUGAACAUGCUCAGGAGGCUGGAUAGGAUCAGGUUCAGAGGACACAAGAGAGAGGACCUCCUUGAUCUAGCCGAGUCCCCAAAUGCCUCGGACACCGAGUGCGGAGACGAGAUCCCCCUGAAGACGCCACGGCCCUCGCCCCGGGACAGUGAGGAGCUCAGGGACCCUGCUGGUCCAGGGACCCUCAUCAUGGCGGCAGGCGUGCAGGACUUCAACAGGACAGAGUUCGAUCGACUGAACGAGAUCAAGGGCCAUCUGGAAAUCGCCUUACUGGAAAAGCACUUUCUUCAGGAGGAGCUCCGGAAGCUUCGAGAAGAGACCAACUCAGAGAUGCUGCGGCAGGAGCUGGAUCGGGAGCGGCAGCGCCGGAUCGAACUGGAACAGAAAAUGCAGGAGGUGCUAAAGGCCAGGUCCGAGGAGCAGCCAGCACAGCCUCAGCAGCCACCAAAGGGACAGAGCCAGGCCAGCAAUGGCACAGGCACAGAGCGCCGCAGCCAGGGCUUGGCCUCCCGUGUACAGAAGUGGUUCUAUGAGAGGUUUGGGGAAUACAUCGAGGACUUCCGCUUCCAACCAGAGGAGAACACAGUAGAGACGGAGGAGCCCCUCAGCGCCCGCAGGUUAACUGAAAACAUGAGAAGACUGAAGCGCGGUGCCAAGCCUGUCACUAACUUCGUGAAGAACCUGUCUGCCUUAUCUGACUGGUACUCCAUCUACACCUCCGCCAUCGCCUUCACGGUAUACAUGAAUGCUGUGUGGCACGGCUGGGCCAUCCCCAUGUUCCUGUUCCUAGCAAUUCUGAGGUUGUCCCUCAAUUACCUCAUCGCCAGGGGCUGGCGGAUACAAUGGAGCAUUGUGCCGGAAGUGUCUGAAGCUGUGGAACCCGCAAAGGAAGAUCUGACCGUGUCUGAGAAGUUCCAGCUGGUGCUGGAUGUGGCCCAGAAAGCACAGAAUCUCUUCGGCAAGAUGGCCGACAUCCUGGAAAAGAUCAAGAACUUGUUCAUGUGGGUGCAACCUGAGACCACGCAGAAGCUCUAUGUUGCCCUGUGGGCCGCCUUUCUGGCUUCUUGCUUCUUCCCCUACCGCCUGGUGGGGCUUGCUGUUGGCCUCUAUGCCGGCAUCAAGUUUUUCUUAAUUGACUUCAUCUUCAAACGCUGCCCAAGACUUCGAGCCAAGUAUGACACCCCCUAUAUCAUCUGGAGGAGCCUGCCCACUGACCCUCAGCUCAAAGAGCGUGCUGGUGCCACCGUGUCACGCAGGCUGCAGACAGCCUCAUCACGGAGCUACGUCUCCAGUGCUCCAGCUGGUCUGAGUAAGGACGAAGAUGCUGGACGCUUUCACAGCACCAAGAAGGGGAACUUCCACGAAAUCUUCAACUUGACUGAAAACGAGCGCCCGCUAGCAGUGUGCGAGAAUGGCUGGCGCUGCUGCCUCAUUAACCGAGACCGGAAGAUGCCCACGGACUACAUCAGGAACGGGGUUCUGUAUGUGACAGAGAAUUACCUGUGCUUCGAGAGCUCCAAGUCUGGGUCAUCAAAGAGGAACAAGGUGAUCAAACUGAUGGACAUCACAGACAUCCAGAAGGAGGAGAGCGUCCUGGACGAGUGGGGACUAGCAUCACCCCUGUCCUUAGGAGAAGCUGGUGGCCCGGUGGCAAUGGUUGUACUCUUUCAUUUCAGUAUAAAGUCUUGUCUGUCCUCCCUGGCUCAGGCAUGGGAAUUGCUGUUUCUACACCAUCAACCCAGAAACCCCUGGUGUUCGGUGCCAUGGUGCACAGAGAUGAAGCCUUUGAGACCAUUUUCAGCCAGUAUGUGAAAAUCACGUCUGCAGCGGCCUCUGGCGGUGACAGCUAGUAUUGACUCUGGGGUGUUGCUGGAAUCCUUUCCAACCGCUGGCUGGAGGAGCGGACAUCCUCGCAGUCUUCGGCAAUAAUUCUCCUGGACUGUGGCUGGUUAUAUUGGCCUAGGCUCUGCAGACCAGAAGGGCUGGAACUCACAUGGAACGGUGCCGGGCUGGCCCGUGCCAAGCGCAUGAAGCACCUUCAUGACCACCUGUGGACACAGGUGGGCAGAGGAUCCUCUUAACCAGUCUGAAGGAUGGCACACAAGACACUGGUCCUCAGGCCCUGCUAAGCACAGCCCCUCACUCUCCUUCCCGGCCUGGGUGCAGACCCAGCCCCUGCCAUCCUGAGAGGCUCCUUGGUCUUAUGACCCCUGUUCUUCAGAGGCUUUUUCCACCAAAGCCAUAGCUGGGAAUGGUUGUGGCCCCUUCCUGCAGGGGUGGUAAGAUGGAGAGAAUGGUGGGGAGGCCCCUCUCCAGUGAAGAAAUGGCCAGUCAUCUCACCCAGCCCUCAGACCCUCCUUCCACGUUGGACCUGCUGUGGGCACUCCGAGGCUGUGGGUAGGGCCUCUUAGGGCUUGGUGUUUUGGGGGUACCUGCCCCUCCAUCAGUGUCUGGGCAUGAGUUAUCACUCAUCUGGCUCGUCUUGGCCUGACACUCCAGCUAAGAGGUCAGGCCAGUGGUUGGUGUCCUGUGAGGGCCCAGACUGGCGUAGUGUCGGCAAAAGCACACCUUUUUAACACUUGGCUCUUUGGAAGGUUUCGGGGCGAGCAUUCUCCACCCUGCUGUUAAGUGAGAGACUCCAUGGUCAUCUGGCUGGCGUUUGGCCUCCAGGCUGCAGUCACUCUGGAGUUAUGGGAGGACCCUGUGCCACAGCAGACAGCUGUGGGCAGAGCCUAGAGGUUAGGGGCCAGAGUUGCCUUGUCCUCUAACAUCUAACAGUAUUUAUUGUCUCUUACUGCACGCUCUGCAGGGGUAAGGCACAUCCCAUCCCACCCAUGCUCCCUGCCCCGACAAAGGUGGAGACUUCACAGGUGGGCGAUCUUGCAGGCCUGGGCCUCUGGGGGGGGCAACCACGACGCCACCUGUGAAUCUCCCAGGUGGACCACUCUUGUCUCCUUCAGCUUGUCCCGAGUCCUUCAGAUGUCACUGAGAUUGCUUUUUUGAAGAAACAGAAGAUUAUAUUUUUUACAGAGAGCAAGCUGUCUUUCUUAUUUUUGUACCAUUUUUCAAAUGUAAUUUUUACCUUUGCUCCAACGCUCGUUUGCCGGCGUAGGUGUGAGGCCCGGUGGCUUGGGCUCAUGACACCUCAUUCCCAGGGGACUUCAGGCCACACACUGGGGGUGGGAAGGGCUUGCCAGGCAACCAGAUCAAGCACACAUACCACUCCAGAUGCGUAGCAGAGGCCACACAGCUCCAGGUACAUAGACGGAGGAGUCUGGAUGGGGAGGCGGGACCCUCGACCCAGGGCCGUGGCUUGGGCCCCUGGAAUAUGCUUGUGCUAUGAAGAGCACGGAAUCAGAGAAGGAGCACCCCAACGUGCCAGAGGGAAGGCAACAUGGCCUCUGACCUGUCCGUGAGGAUGGCUUCAUGGGUGAUAGCCACACAUGGUGGCUAACACUUCAUGGACCCUGGCGGUGCCUGGGUUGUGAGUGUUGCCACCCCGGUGUGCUACAGAGAGGCCUUAAGCAGGGAAGGCUUUCAGGGUGGAAUACGUGGUUUAGUUUGAGUCUCUUUCUUUGGGAAAGAGAGAUGAAGACUGACCAUGGGUCAGGGCAGUAGGUCAGGGAGGUGGCCCCAAGUUCUACCAUUAGCCACCGGCAGAUCUUUGAGUAGAGCUUAGGGGGUCAGGGCUGGGCCAGGGGCCUAUGUAGCUUCUAGGCAUCCUUACAGAGACACUGGGGUUUGUACUGGAUUGUGUGAUCUGGGCAGGUGUUUAAUUGCUCACUAAUCACUGACCUAGAAUGUUCAAUUUUGUAUGUGUGAAGCUUGAGUCUGUUUUGGAUCUGUACAUAAUUGUUGCUGGUGUAACUUUUGUUCUACAAAAGGAUCAUAUUCUAUAAAGAACUGAUAGGAAAAAAAAUCCUCUGUCACUUUUUUUUUUAAAAAAAGAAAACCUUGUUUAGAUACAAAGUCUUGUAUAAAUUAUAAUUUUUAUUUAAUAAACCUAAAAUGCUCUGUGCUGAG